UGCUGCCGAGCUCUUGUAUCUGAGGAGUGGCAGACACUGGGCAAAAGCAGGAGAGAGGGGGAUAACGACUGCACACAUUACCAAGGAGAGGGGUAGAUUACAUGCUCUUUGCUGACUGAGGAAAAACUGACACAAUGACCCUGGCAGCAUAUCGAGAGAAACUGAAGGAGCUCCCUCUAGUGUCCCUCUUCUGUUCCUGCAUCAAUGCAAAUGUAGCUGACAAGCAAACGUACAAGGCUGAAGAUGCAGUAGACCUCAACUGGUGUGAGAUCAAGGACGUGGAGGUGAUCGAGUUAAAUAAGCAAGCAUCAGGCCAGGCAUUUGAGGUGAUCCUAAAGCCCCCUUCAUUCGACGGCGUGCCUGAGCUAAACACCUUCAUGCCACAACGCAAGGACCCCUCCCUGGAGGAGAUCCAGAAGAAGCUGGAGGCUGCUGAGGAGAGACGAAAGUUCCAGGAAGCAGAGCUGCUAAAACACCUGGCUGAGAAGAGAGAGCACGAGAGGGAGGUCAUCCAGAAGGCAUUUGAGGAAAACAACAACUUCAUCAAGAAUGCUAAAGAAAAGCUGGAACAAAAGAUGGAAAUCAACAAAGAAAAUCGUGAGGCCCUGCUGGCUGCCAUGCUGGAGAGGCUUCAAGAAAAGGACAAGCAUGCAGAGGAAGUGAGGAAGAAUAAAGAGCUGAAGGAGGAGGCGUGCCGAUAGAGUGGUGUGUGGAAGAGUGGACUGUUUUGGUUAGAAUUAAAUAACAUAAAAAAGUAAUAAUAAUUUAAGUGUAAAAAAUAAAUGUAAAAAAUCUCAUUUAAACAAUGGAGGUGAUUGAUGUCGCAAUUGGAAAUUUGAUAACGCCGUGGUUUUAAUUAUGUCAAAACUAAUGAUGUCAAAAAAUUUGCCAAAAAAAUUGUGGUUUUCUUUGAUGGCAAUGCAAGGUGCACCAAAGUUCUAGAGUCAACAUCUAGGGGGUAGGACUGCAGGGACCCCUAAGAAAGUUGCUUUGUUUAUACUGGGCUAAUGAUAUAAGUAGAAUGAAAGAAAUACCAGUAGAUAGAUAUAUAGAUAGCAAGAUACUUACAUUAGCACUUAUUUAGCACAUUAGCAAACCUGUAGUAUAGAUGAAUUAAUCCAAGACAACCUGACACUGCAUCCCAUAAAAAUGCUUUUUUCUAAAAAUUACAAUAAAAGCUGUGCAUGUUUAUUCACAGAUCAUUCAGUAUAGGAGAACAUAAGCCUAAUUCUUCUAAUUGUUUUCGUCAUCUAAAAACGCAUUUUUAUACAAUUUAAUGAUUAAAUUAAACGUCCAUGUGAGUUAUAAUGAAUUUAGUCUGAACCAACACUUUAAGCACAGUUUAAAAGCACAUACAGCUGCAGGACAUUUUUAUAUCAUGCUUAAUUUACAUCUAUAAUGACGUACUGAGAGCAGAUCACUGCAUGUCAACACUGUAGAGCAGGGACAACGUGAAAAAUUAGGAUAGGCCAAACGUUUUGAAACAAAGUAGCAGUUACAGAGGCUGCCCUGCCAUUAGAUGGGUACGGUGCACUUUGUUUUGGCAUGUUACCGUUUCCUUCGUAAUAUCUGUGUUCAUGCAACCGACUAAUAACAGUGAUAAUAAAGAGAACGCUAGGUUGUCAAUGUGUUGUGAUGAAGACUGAUGUGAAUUGUUUAGGAGACAUACUUGGAUGCCAUUUGCUGUUUUGUGGUUGCUCUAAAGAUUAUCCUGAAUAUGACUUGGCAUGGUGGUCAGUAAAUGCUUCUCUUUACUAAACAA